CUGCAGACACUUUGCAUUAUUCUCCUACUUGCAGAAGUGACGAGCUAUAGUACACCGGCAAAACUUAUCGCGCCAGGACUCGUUGUACCUGGAACACUUUCCAUCACCGCCACUGACCUCUUCUUUGAUGCUGAUGAGGAGAAUCCUUUGUACAAGAAACAAGAUCCAAAGGUUUCCCUCGCAGCAGGUCAAGCUGAGGAAGAAAGUAGUGUGCGCAUCGUCGACAUUGCAAACAGCUCACUAGUUGGAGGAGCACACCUGAAAAUCAGCAUAAUCACGGUAGUUACGGGUAGAGUACAGUAA